CUCUAUUUCUAUAUGUGUUUUUAACAAAAUUUAAUUAAAAUGCUAACUAUAUUUUUAACGUUGAUUUGGAAGAAUUUUAAAAAGCAAAGCCACCACAAGGUCAUUUUCAUAAUGUCUAUAUUCGUGCCUAUGUUUGCGGCUGUGUUACCUUUAGUGUCUCCGUAUUUGAGGGAUCCUAAUCCAGAUACAAAUCCCUCCAUAAGGGACACGAGUGUUGAUUUCAAAUGGUUUUCGUUGAUUCAAAAAAUUAAUGCUCGACGAGAGCGUAUGUUGAGGGCAAAUGCGAACUUUAAGGCAAACGUAUUCAUUCCGCAAUCAAGGGUGGCCUAUGCCAGCAGCUCGCAUGCUGGCUUGCAGAAACUUAUGGAUGCUGCCAUGGGAAAUCUUGGCUUCGCCAAAAAUCAGACUUUUGGAUUUGAAAAUUGCGAUGCUAUGCGUACCAACGCCACCUUUGAGCACUUUAUAGCCAGCGUUUGUUUCCACAAUGCGGCAGGGGAUGAGUCCAAAGACGGCCUGCCUCAAGUGCUAAACUUUUCCAUUAUUAUGCCCUCCGAGCUGCGCAACUAUGAAGGCACUGCGAUUGGUCAGAAAUGGAAGCAAAGCGGGCCCCGCUAUUUCGUGAAGAAUUCGGAAAUCGAUGACGAUGACUCUACGGACUAUUUGCGGGAGGGCUUUGUGCCGCUCCAGUACCAUAUAAGUACGGAAUAUCUACGGAUGGCUUCCAAGGGUGCAAAACCGCCAGCUGCUAGUUUGUAUCCCAUGAGUCGGGCUGAAGCUAUCGUGCCAAAGUUCUCCGAGUCUUCAGUCACUGCAGCCUUUAUAGUAAUGGUGCUUGGGUUUAUGUUUCCGGUGAUUAUACUAGUAAAGCUCAUUGUGGAGGAGCACGAGUUGGGUCAGUGCUUCGUCCUGGAAGUGAAUAAUGCUGGUAGAUGUUUACAAGUGGUAGCUUGGUUUUUCAACGCAUGCAUUCAGCUGCUGAUAAGUUCGUUUUUUCUCGCAGUGUUGAUUAUGUAUACCUCGAAUUGGAGCUCCCCGUUGGAAUUGAUCUUUGCGCUUCCCUUUUUUGCCUCCUACAGCGUCUCUGUUGCCAGCUUUAUCAUAUUUUUAUCAGUCAUAAUACGGAGUACAAAAUUAGCCUUGGUUUUGGUACCCAUUAUUUGGUUCCUUGUGCCGUUUCCUUUUCUGUUCACCGAACAGCUCAAGUUUGAAGCGCCGUAUUUUUUGUAUUUGAUAGCCACGUUUCUCAUGUGCAAUGUCACCCUCAGUCGGGGACUCAAAGUACUGAUGAUGGACUUUUACGAUAGGCCUUCUCAAGGCCCUAAAUCAGAUCAAAUAAUAACGGAUGACAAUUUUAUAAUAUUUGGAUUUGCUGGCCUCAUUGGGAUCUUUUUCCUACAGGCACUAUUUUAUAUCCUGAUGGUCCUAGUUCACCUGGCCAUAGUUAAGUUUUGGGAGUGGGAGCUUCUGGGGCGUUACCUGAAGACCUUUCCGCGAAAGUGCCGAAGAUAUUGGCGGGCCAAGAAGCGAAGGCAAAUGAAUGCGAACGCAAUGUUGCCAAAGGAAACCAGAGUGGUAAUUGACGAUAUUGAACCGGUUCUAAAGAGCAAUUUUGCCACCGACAGAACUAAAAAAAUCAACAUCAAGUCGGAAAGAAAUUCUGAAAAUCAAAUUAGAAGACCGGCCAUUGAAUUUCGAGAUGUCUACAAGAGAUUUUUGAAAACCUAUGUGGUCCACAGGUUCACACUUAAUGUGUUUCCGGGGGAAGUUGUAGUGCUAUUGGGUCACAAUUCGUCGGGAAAGACAACACUAAUACGGAUGCUGCGUGGCUUGAUACUGCCGACGCAUGGCGAGAUCCUCAUGUCGGGAGUUAACCUCGUGAAGAACAAUUUGUAUUUUAACAUGAAGGCCCACAGGCGUAGCGGAAUCUCCCUGGCCUCCAAAGCCCUAUUCCUCGAGCUAACCGUGUUCGAUCACCUGCUGUUCUUCAGCAGGCUGCGCGGCCUCAAGAAGGACGAGGCCCGGGAGGAGGUGGAAAACAUUAUACGCUCGCUGCAUAUGGAGGCUCUGCAGGGGAUUCUAGUGGGUAAUCUCAGCAUUGGACAGAAGCGUAUUGUGCAAUCGAUAUGUGCCUUCGUGGGACGAACCAAGAUUGUUCUGCUCCACAAACCCCUGGACGGCGUGGACGAGGCAACGGCCACGCUGUUAUUUAGCUUUGUCCAGCGAGAGAAGAGAAAUCGUGCCAUUUUUGUCACCUCUAAUCGCUCCAAGGUGGCGAGUGGCCUGGGCGAUCGCAUUGGCAUUCUGGAGAAGGGUCAUCUGGUGUUCCUUGGAACGGAGAGACAGCUCUGCGAGGACUUCAAUGAUGCCUAUCGAUUGACUAUCUAUGGCAAAGCCCACUGUGAUUUCGACAAAAUAUGGACGUUCUUGGAAGACUAUACAACCACUGGCAUUGAGGUGGAGUCCAAAAUGGGUGACCUGGCUGUUUUCCUUAUAAAUAAAGUCGAUUUUCCCGGAUUGAUUCGCCUGCUAGAUGACCUGCCAAAAAACAUGGUUGACUUGAAAAUAGAUGGCUUCAGGUUUCAGGAAUGCAGCCUCGACCAGAUUCUCAUCAAGUGGUUUACACCGGAGCCAUUCAAUUUUGCUCUUCAGGAAUCGGAACCGGAACACCUAAAAUUUAGGACCAGAUACGAUGCAUUGAAGAGAUUUUUAAGAGGGAUUUUGCUGCCCAUGCUCAUGACCCUGUGGUUGGCCCUUUGCAUUAGGCAUCAUCCGUCCAAUUUCCAGUCGCCAGAAGGUAGAGUCUUUCCCAUUGCUGAUGGUAGUGGUAGUGGCGGCAUGACUUUUGCACUAAAAGGAUCUCCCUUUGGCGAUGAUAAUCCCCUGAAAGCUGCCUACGACAAAUACGUAACAACGGGAGGAGCCAAGGAAGUUGUCGCGGAUCUGGGAGAGAUGCGCCACAGCUAUGAGAUAUACGAGGACAAGAGGAUACUGGCGACAGCCAAGUUCAAACCGGACGAGGUCGAGGCUCUGUACAACAACAGGUGGGGUCACGCAGCCCCCCACAGUCUGGCGCUUGUGAUGGAUUCCCUAGCUGUUGGCUUCGUUGGUCCCGAUUCCGGAAUAAACGUGGAAAUGGAGAGGAUGCCCCUCUCGACCCCACACCCCCUGAACAUGUACAAUGUCCCCCUGCUGACCCUCUGCGUGAUAAGCUUCAGCUUCUGCUUUACCUGGACCAUGCCCAUACUGUACAUGAACCUCAGCCGAGACCGUCGCUUCAACUACAUCGAGUUGAUUGCCGGAAUGCGGCUGAGCGUGCUGGCCAGUGCCAUAAUGCUCUAUGAGCUGCUCGUGGCUGCGUUUUCCUUUGUCACCUCUCAGCUGGUCAUCCUCAUUUUGGGUUACGACGCCGUGAUGUUCAAUGGGAUGUUCCUGAUGUAUGCGCACGUCAUACUGUUGGUGGCCCUGUGUGUCCUCAGCAUUAACAUACUGAUUUCUCUCGGAUCGACGAUAACGCAGAAUGCUUACCUGUUGGUCUUGUCAUUGCACGCAGUGGGCAUAAUCAGUUACCUGUUUGUAAGGGAGUUCCCAACGGAGUCCGCCAGGUAUAUAUACAUAUUUAUGGACUUUUAUCCGCUCUUCUCCUUGAUGGAUCAUAUGGUGAUAUUGGUUGAUUUAUCGGAGCUGAAAUGGCUCUGUCGUGACAUUCAAAUUUAUGAGACCAGUGUCCACGUGGACAAGUGCAAGACGAAGCCAAAUUGUUGCCUUAUCGACGAUCCAACAAAGGAGUACUAUCACCAUCGCUAUGUAGUCUGUAACUACCUGUUCAUCUUCCUUACCUGGGUCUUGAUCUAUUUUCGCCUGAGAGCUUCGUUGCCCAAAACCACUUUGGAACACGGCAAAUACUUGUGGGAUAGUGAUGCCGACAGUUACAAUGAUCAGCAGCUCCUACAUUUUGGCCAACCCACUGACUUGCAAAAAACCUGGUUGGGGGAAAAGUCGCGGGUUCGGACACUGGAACGUUCCUUGAUCUGGCAAAGAAGUAUCCAUGUGGGGCAUUUGAGUGUGCUAUUUGGCAAGUUUGUGGCCCUAAACAAAAUUAAUUUCAUGCUCGAUAGGCACCAAGUCUUGAGCUUGUAUGGACCCAAUGGUUCGGGUAAAACAGUUUUGACCAAAUCCAUUCUGGGCUUUUAUGCGGCCAACACUGGUCACGUGAACAGCUCGAAUAGGAUGCCCUACCAGAGGUACAAGUCGCAAAUAGGCAAUCUGGCCGGUUACAGUGCCCAAGAGGUUUUCCUAAUGCAGGAGCUGACGAUAUUGGAUGUGCUAAGUCUGGUAUUGCGUAUACGGCACUGGCUAAAGACCAAUCAGCUCAAAGAGGAGGCGAAGGCGAUAUGCAAAAUCCUAAACCUGUACAACUAUCGGCAUAAUAUUCUCUCAACCUGCAGUCAGGGUGUAUUGAAGCGAUUAAGCAUCGCUCUGGCCCUCAUGACCAAUGCCGAGCUGAUCCUGUUGGACGAUCCCUUUGCCAAUCUGGAUGUUAUCACCCAGCACACGGUGCUCCAGUCCAUACAGGCUGCCUGCAGGCACGGCCUCUGCAUCAUCUAUACGUGUGCCGACACUGAUUUCUCGACGCCGGCACAGCGCCUGGCGGCGAUUAGCCAAAGCGCCUUGAUCGCCAUCGGUGAACGCCACGAGUUGACCCACAAUUACUACUCGUCGUACUAUGUUAUCGAGACCAAAAUCCAUCUGCCCCACAUUGAAGCCAUGAAUGCCAUGAAGUGGGACGAAAACGGGCUCCCGACUGAUGAGCAGGACUUGGCGCGUCAGAGUCUGGAAACACAGAUAUAUCUGGCUAUAAAAGGCUUUGUAACGCGCAUUUUUCCCAAGGCCAUUGUUAAUUCCAAGUCAGUGAGCUAUCCAAGGAUCUGGUUUUGGCUGCCCCGUCAAACGUAUUCUGUGUCGCAAAUAUUUAAAGCACUUCAUGGAAACCAGAAUAGCUUUUAUUCGUUCACCAUUGCCCAGCCAUCGGUCGGAACCCUAUUUCUUCAGAUUGCACCAGAGCAGGUGUAAAACAAGUCAUUUAUUAUGCGUUUAAUUGUUUUAAAUAAAUAUAUACAUAG